GUUGGUUCCGCCUUAAUGUUUUUCAAACCGCUUCAGCGGAGUUCACAUCAGCCGCGGCCGCGGGGACUCUCUUCAUCCAAAAACAUGAGUCUACGGGAGAUCACGGAGAACGUGAAGCUGGCCCGCGAGUACGCUCUGCUGGGGAACUACAGCUCGGCCAUCGUCCUGUACCACGGGCUGCUGGAACAGAUCAAGAAGUACAUCUACACGAUGCGGGGCAGCGGCGUCCAGCAGAGAUGGCAGCAGUUGUGGCAAGAAAUCAGUGAAGAGAAUCGACAAGUUCAAGAGAUCGUAUCGACUCUGGAGAACUUUCAGCUGGAUACGACGCCUGCUAAACCUAGUAACCAUGACGACUGGGAGAUGAGGCCCACACACGUGGAACAGAGACACUCGCCCGUUCCUGUCAGGCGUCCCUCCAACGCCUACAAAGAGAGCAAACCUACCAACAACCGUCUGAGCGUGGCCGUGAGGGCCCAGCAGAGACACUCGCCCCGGGGGGCCAACGGGGACCGAGGGAAGUUCUCCAAGAUCAGAGACAAGAAGGACCCCAAGGAGGGGAAGGAGGGGAAGGAGGGGAAGGAGGCCGCCGGCAAAGCCAAGGAGGACAAGGAGAAAGAAGUGAAGAAGUUUGAUGGGUCGGGAUACGACAAAGACCUUGUGGAGGCUCUGGAGAGAGACAUCAUAUCCCAGAAUCCCAACGUUAAAUGGGACGACAUUGCCGACUUAGAAGACGCUAAAAAACUACUGAAAGAAGCCGUGGUUCUACCAAUGUGGAUGCCAGCGUUCUUCAAAGGCAUCCGGAGGCCGUGGAAGGGGGUGCUGAUGGUGGGACCUCCGGGGACUGGGAAGACCCUGCUGGCCAAAGCCGUGGCUACUGAAUGCAGAACCACCUUCUUCAACGUCUCCUCGUCUACUCUCACCUCCAAGUACCGGGGGGAGUCUGAGAAGCUGGUCCGCCUUCUGUUUGAGAUGGCCCGUUUUUAUGCUCCCACCACCAUCUUCAUAGACGAGAUUGAUUCCAUGUGCAGCCGCAGAGGGACGUCGGAGGAGCACGAGGCCAGCCGGAGGGUGAAGGCCGAGCUGCUGGUGCAGAUGGACGGUGUGGGCGGAGCUUCAGAGAACGACGACCCGUCAAAGAUGGUGAUGGUGCUGGCGGCCACCAACUUCCCCUGGGACAUCGACGAGGCUCUGAGGAGACGGCUGGAGAAGAGGAUCUACAUCCCGCUGCCUUCAACCGAGGGCCGGGUGGAGCUGCUCCGGAUCAACCUGAAGGAGCUGGAGCUGGCUGGAGACGUGGACCUGGACAAGAUCUCCCAGCAGAUGGAGGGAUACUCCGGAGCUGACAUCACCAACGUGUGCAGGGACGCCUCCCUGAUGGCCAUGAGGCGGAGGAUCGAGGGUCUGACUCCGGAGGAGAUCCGCAACAUCUCCCGGGACGAGAUGCACAUGCCCACCACCAUGGACGACUUCGAGUCGUCCCUGAGGAAGGUGUCCAAGUCCGUCUCCGCCGCCGACCUGGAGAAGUACGAGAAGUGGAUCGAGGAGUUCGGCUCCUGCUGAGGGACCCGAGGGUUUUAGUGUGUGCUAACGGAGAUUCAGACAUCUGGAACAUCUUCCUGCUUAUUCUUCACUCCUAUCAGAAGUGCCAUCACUUUAAUUUUAUACUGAUGUCAAUCAAAUGUAAUCCUGCUUUUCUUUUCUUUUCCUUCCACGUGAGUUUAAGUGUUUCCUUUCACUGUCUGACCAAUCUAAACUCUGCUGAAUGUAACACUACCAGGUAUUUGUAUGAAUAAAGUUAUUUUA